GAGGAGAGGAAGAACAGGAGGAGGCCUUGGCAUUGGAUAAAGAGGAGGUGAAGAGGGAUAGCGAUGUGUGUUUUAAAGCUCCUCUAGAGGAGAUCUCAGUCUUGGCAGUGAAAGAGCAGCUCACACUGGAGGAGGUGCAGCAGGAGGAGAACCAGGUUAAGGAGGAGCAGUGUGAGGAGUAUGAUCAGGAAGAGGACAUGUUUGAAGUGGAGAGGAUCAGAGAUGGAGCAGCUUCUCUCGACAACCUGGCCAAACGCAUCACAGUGGAGGAGGUGAGUGGGAGAGAAACUGUGUGUGUGUCUGGGUAACCCUCUGUGGGACUGGAGUCCAGUGCCACACACACACUUUUGCUGUUUAUCUGAACAAAGGGAUUUUAUUGCUCUGUUCACAUCUGUUUGAACUAGAACAUGAAUGUGUGCAUAUGUGUGUUUGAGCAGUCAGACGUAACCUGUCUUAAUGCCACCUCAUCCCAACACUGUGCCAGAUCAAUACUAAAUACUUAUCUACCCAACUAGACACACAAUGCCCUCUAUACCCAGCUAGAGCCGGAAUGGAGGCACAGUCGCUGGAGUCUAAUGGCAUUAUAUAGCCAUUUUGUUGGAAAUUAGUGUUUCAGUGAAAUAUGGCUGCUCAGAGGAGAGUGGCCCAUAAACCACAUAUGGCUGUUAGUCUAGCUAUUACUGUAAGAGAGAGAAACUUUUGCGCACAGAUGCGUGUGAGUUUUCUGACUACCCAAAAACUCUUCCCCUCUCUCUCCCAUCCUGUUGUAAGGUAGUAUAUCAGAGUGAAGGAACAGUGGUGAUUGUUAUGGACAAUGUCUCUUCCUGUGUGAGUGGGGGGGAGACAGAGAGAGGGUAACAGUCAGUAAUUAGCAAGCAGACAGUGCUAGGUCCUCAUUAGGGGGGUUGAAGCUCAUUUACUGCAUUUCUAUACAAUUAAAACUUUAAAAUGCUAUUUGGAGAACAGCAAAAAUGACCCCAUCCAUUAUCAUCUUGGCUGCUGUAGGUUCAUUCACCUCAGUCAAUCUACAAACACAGCCUAUUAGCUAUACAGCUGUAAUGUUAUACCCCUUAAAGGGGGGGGGGGGGGGUAUGAUAAAUUAUUCACACUGACACGUAGCAUCGACAAAAUGAAAACUUGAAAUGUUUUGAACUAUUGUUUGCAUUUUAAUGUAGGCCUUGUGGGGAUAGGCCAUGUGGAGAUUUUCAUAUUGAAACAUUUCUUUAAGUUCCUAACUUUUUUGAUAAGAUUAGUACAGAUUUUCUCAGGGGACCAGACCCAAAGUUUGGGAACCACUGUACUAACUUGUCUCUGCUUGCUUCCUCUUUCCCCCUGCAUGCAUUGCAGCCUGCCUCACCACAUCACUGUCUGUCUCAGUAGCCUAUGCUCUGUAAAGCAAAGUUAUGAGAACUUAGUGCGUAUUUUCUGCGCCUGCUGAGUUAGGCUCUGUUUAACGUUAGUUUCUUACUUCAUCCUUCUAGCUGGCUAAGUAAUACUAGCCAGAGCCCUUCAACGUUACUGCAAUAGAAGCGACUAUUUACCAGUUGUGCACUCAUUCUCUGAACAUCGGUUUUUGUUUGGGGGAUGUCUGUAGACAGUAGGAGUCACAGGACGGUUUUAAAAUGGCCUGUUGUCCGGCAGCUCGUAAACACUGUCAGCAGUAGCCAACUGCGAGCUGGAGUAGUUCGUUUCACGUGUCACGAGAGGGAGGAGUUAGCGGUUUGAGAGAGUGGCGAAUGUGCUGCUAAACCAAAAGACACCCACCAUGAGCAGCCACUAAAUUUGCCCAAGAAGAGGCAAACAAAAUGACAAAAAAAACACCAAACUUAAUGACAGGAAACAAACCAAAAAAGUGGUGCAAAACAAAAUCAGAAAAUCAGAUAAAGGAUUGUUUGUCUAAAAAUCUAAAUAGGGAGCGCCAACUAAAGGUGUUAACCCUCCAUCUAUCUAUCAAGACAACUAAAGGUGUUAACCCUCAUCUAUCUAUCAAGACAACUAAAGGUGUUAACCCUCAUCUAUCUAUCAAGACAACUAAAGGUGUUAACCCUCCAUCCAUCUAUCAAGACAACUAAAGGUGUUAACCCUCCAUCUAUCUAUCAAGACAACUAAAGGAGUUAAUCCUCCAUCUAUCUAUCAAGACAACUAAAGGUGUUAACCCUCCAUCUAUCUAUCAAGACAACUAAAGGUGUUAACCCUCAUCUAUCUAUCAAGACAACUAAAGGUGUUAACCCUCCAUCUAUCAAGACAACUAAAGGAGUUAACCCUCCAUCUAUCUAUCAAGACAACUAAAGGAGUUAAUCCUCCAUCUAUCUAUCAAGACAACUAAAGGAGUAACCCUCCAUCUAUCUAUCAAGACAACUAAUGGCCUCCCGAGUGGCGCAGUGGUCUAAGGCACUGCAUCGCAGUGCUAGCUGUGCCACUAGAGAUCCAUAUAUCAAGACAACUGAAGGUGUUAACCCUCCAUCUAUCAAAUAUGCCAUUUAGCAGACGCUUUUAUCCAAAGCGACUUACAGUCAUGCGUGCAUACAUUUUUGUGUAUGGGUGGUCCCGGGGAUCGAACCCACUACCUUGGCGUUACAAGCGCCGUGCUCUACCAGCUGAGCUACAGAGGACCACCAUCAAGACAACUAAAGGAGUUAACCCUCCAUAUAUCAAGACAACUAAAGGUGUUAACCCUCCAUCUAUCAAGACAACUAAAGGUGUUAACCCUCCAUCUAUCAAGACAACUAAAGGUGUUAACCCUCCAGCUCUCAAGACAACUAAAGGUGUUAACCCUCCAUCUAUCAAGACAACUAAAGAUGUUAACCCUCCGCAUCUAUCAAGACAACUGGAGCACUGGGCCAGCCACUCUUAAAUACACCUUCCCACUAAUGAGAUGGCAACCAGCACAGGUGUAACACAUACUGACUGACAAGGUGACGCCAUUCGGUGCCUCCUACGUGCUGAGCUAUUCGUGCUAAUGUCCAACCUCAAAAAACAUACAUGGAAAAACCAAAGCCUGUAACAUAGAGGUAGGUGCGAUUAGAUCAAGAAUAUAAGCGUUCUGAGCUUUGAUCAACGCUGGGAGUAAUAUUUCGAUGUUGACCCGUAAUAGAUUUUCUUUACUGUGUACAAAAUAUACACUGAGUGUACAAAACAUUAGGAACACCUGCCCUUUCUAUGACAUACUCUGACCAGGUGAAAGCUAUGAUCCCUUAUUGAUGUCACUUGUUAAAUCCACUUCAAUCAGUGUAGAUGAAGGGGAGGAGACAGGUUAAAGAAGGAUUUCUAAGCCUUGAGACAUGGAUUGUGUAUGUGUGCCAUUCAGAGGGUGAAUGGGCAAGACAAAAGAUUUAAGUGCCUUUGAACAGAGUAUGGUAGUAGGUGCCAGGCGCACCGGUUUGAGUGUGUCAAGAACUGCAAUGUUUCUGGGUUUUUCACGCUCAACAAUUUCCUGUGUGUAUCAAGAAAGGUCCACAACCCAAAGGACAUCCAGCCAACUUGAGUCAACUGUGGGAAGCAUUGGCGUCAACAUGGGCCAGCAUCCCUGUGGAACGCUUUCGACACCUUGUAGAGUCCAUGCCCUGACGAAUUGAGGCUGUUCUGAGGGCAAAAGCGGGUGCAACUCAAUAUUAGGAAGGUGUUCUUAAUGUUUUGUACACUUAGUACAAUACCAGCCACGCGCUCUUUGAUUUUGCCUAUCCAGAUGUGAUCAGGACACGCAGGUUAAAAUAUCAAAAGCAACUGUGAACCAACUAUAUUAAUUUGGGGGCAUGUCGAAACACUCAUGAAACAUUCAUGGGCAUUGCGCUAGCUUGCUAGAUAGUUUGUCCUGGGAGAUUAACAUUGGGAUGUUAUGUCUGAAUUUCUGGAAGUACAUAAAGGUGUACCACAGGGGUUGAUUUUUGGGACCUGUUCUCUUCACUAUUUAUAUAAACCCCAGCACAAGGUGCACCUGUGUUAUGAUCAUGCUGUUUAAUCAACUUCUUGAUAUGUCACAGCUGUCAGGUGGAUGGAUUAUUUUGGCAAAGGAGAUAUGCUCACUAACAGUGAUGUAAACAAAUUUGUGCACAACAUUUUAGAGAAAUAAGCUUUUUUUGUGUAUGGAAAACUUCUGGGAUAUUUUAUUUCAGCUCAUGAAACAUGGGAUCAACACUUUAAAUUUUGCGUUUAUAUUUUUGUUCAGUGUGGAUGAUACUAUUAUGUGUGCUAUUGCCACAACUGUUGAUCUGGCUGUGUUUAUUUUAUAGCUAUGCAGGAAUCCCUUGCUGAUUUAAAACUUAAUACGGGCAAAAUUAAAUGCAUGUUGUUUUGAAACUCUCGUAAGAAUGUUUCAGAUGAAUUACAUGGUGACUGAGGGGGGGAAUGAGAUCAACUGAAUGUUCUGACCAUGUAGUUGAUCAGCGGUCGUUCAUGUCACUAGGUGAUGUCACUGUAGCUCAGUUGGUAGAGCAUGGCGCUUGCAACGCCAGGGUUGUGGGUUCGAUUCCCACGGGGGGCCAGUAUGAAAAAUGUAUGCACUCACUAACUGUAAGUCGCUCUGGAUAAGAGCGUCUGCUAAAUGACAAAAAUGUAAAUGUAAUGUCACUUCAUAAGGUGAUUCCAGCGGUCACCAGCACCUAAGACAAAGUAUCUGAGUUGUGUAGUCAAAAUAAAGAGGUUGACAUAGGAGGAGCGUAUGCUGACACCUAGUGGGAAUACCUUGUCUGUGCACUUUGUCAUACGCAUACACAUCACUGCCCCCUUGUUUGUGUGUAUGUGCGUCUGUGUGUACUGCAUGGUGUACUGUAUGUGUGUAUAUCCAUAUAUGUCAGGUGUAUGUGUCUAUUGUGUACGGAAUGUUUAUGGCGUGAGUGUGUGUGUGAUGUAUGUGUAUGAUGUGUAUGCUAACCAGUUGACCUGGCGCUGACCUUGUCCCUCUGACCUCCAGAUGACCCCUGCCCCUAGUCUGGUGUCCAUCCUGAAGAGGAGGAGGAUGAGUGUGUGUGUGGAGAAUGUGUGUGUUGCUCCCUCCUCGGCCCCGCACAAACACCACGCUAACCGCAGGGUCCGCUUCAAAGUACCUGAUGACGGCUUUGACCAGGGUAAGGGUGUGUGUUUGAGUCAGUAUAUAUGCCCAACAAUGGCUAUGAUCGUGUGUGUGUGUGUGUGUGCACGCACAGCAUAUCGGGAAUGUAUGUAUGUGUGUGUGUAUAUUCUUACCAUGUCACUCUCUCCCCCCUGUCCUCUCCCUUCUCCAGACAAGAAACAGUUCAAUAAAGCUCAGAAUAUAAUAAACAUCUAAACAUGUUGCUCUUCCCUCCUCCAGACGAGGUGGGCGGAGACUCGUGCCUGCUCCUCUUCCUGCUCUGCCUGGUCACCGUGGUGAUCAGCCUGGGAGGCACAGCCCUCUACUGUGCUCUGGGCGACGCCCACUCCACCGUCUGCACCGACUUCUCUCGGAAUGUGGACUUCUGCCUUGCACAGCUGCAUCGUGGGAUGGAUCAGCUCCGACACUGGCUGACCCCCAAAGAGGAGAGAAGAUAGGAGAUGAGAGAGCGGGAGAGGAAGGAAGAUCCCUUGUUUUGCAAAGUGGAUACUCUCCUUUCUCCAACCUGGACAGGAUUUCCUCCCGUUUUCCUAUCUCUCUCUCUCUCCACCUCUCUCUCUCCACUGGCUGGCCAGUUAAUGUGUGUGAUGGGAGAGAGAGAGUGAUGGAACGUGUAUGUGGUACUGGUAGCCUGCAACCACACCAACAGCUGCCUAAGACAUCUGCAGCGUUGCCUAGUAGAACUAGUAGGAAUGGCCUAGGACCUGUAGUAUACUGUAUUACCUAUAGAUUUUAACUAUACACUACUGGACAUAGACUGACUCGGUGUCAGCCCAGAGGAAGGGAUAGACUGGGCUAGACUCAUUACCACUGACCUUGGAUCUGCUCACUACUACAUGGAGCCGUCUGGGUCCUUCAGGCAUGGAUAAGACCGCUCACAUGUGCAGACAGGAAGCGGCUGGUCGGCCUUUUUAGAAACCGCCGCGGCUCUUUGUUUACUGCCUCCAUUUUGAAUCUCAACAAUUCUGCUGUGGUCAGAAAC